AUGCCGCUUCCAUUCUCUCUGGUCUGUGAAUUGCUCGAGCAAUCUUUCCCUCUUUCUCUUGAUAAGAAGAGUUGCUCCAACACUGUCACAAAGUGGUUCACUCGCCAUCGCAACUACGUAGAUGCUCACGACACGGACCUCCCGGCGCUGUUAUCCACACUCCUUCCUGAGAAAAGGACCGAUCGAGUUUACUGUAUUCAAACUGCCCGCCUGGAAAGAAUCAUUGGUCGUGCAUAUCUACUUGGCUCGUCAAGGAUCAAAGAGCUAGCUCAGUACCGCCAGCCAGGGUCUGGUGUCGAUUUGGCAGACUGUGUUUUUCGCAUCCUCACUGUCACUCCAAGCCCCAGCUACGAUCAUAAAAACCUUGUUACAGUUGAAGAAAUUGACCAACUUCUUCAUUCUCUCGCGGCCAAAAUAAAAUGGAGCUCCCCCUCGAUUCGUGCCUCACAGGCUAGCCUGACCCCAAGCAACAGGACUGAUCUUGAGAGCCUCUACAGAAGGUUGAGCGCAACAGAGGCAAAAUGGUUCACGCGGCUCAUUUUGAAAAACUACCAGCCGCUCGCUCUAGACCCGCACCUUAUAUAUCGACUGUGCGAUCCUAUUUUGCCCUGCGUUCUGAAGGUACAGGAUGAUUUUGCCACGGCAAUCACUUCCCUUCAAGCAAUACGAGGAAGGCUUCUCCCAAAUUCCGGGCGCAAAACACCACGUGAACAGAUUAUGGGCACAGUCAAACCUCAACUGGGUGUCAAAAUUGGACGACAACCUUGGGUCAAGGGGCGUAGCAUUAAGCAUUGUCUCGAUAUGGGCCAUGGACGCAUGAGUGUGGAGGAAAAGAUUGAUGGCGAAUACUGUCAGAUUCACGUCGAUCCAAGCAAAGGGGAUAAAUGCAUACAGAUAUUCUCGAAAAGCGGCAAAGAUAGCACCGAAGAUAGAGUAGCACUUCACGGAAUCAUACUAGAAUCACUGAAGAUUGGACAGCCCGAUGCCCGAGUCAGGAAAGCGUGCAUAUUGGAAGGGGAAUUGGUUGCAUAUGACGAUUCUGUAGACUCCUUGCCUGGGCCCCAGGAACACCUCAUGAUAAUUUAUUAUGACGUUAUGCUCUUCGAAAAUCAGUCUCUAAUCAAUUUGAGGCAUUCAGAGAGAUUCAAGAUCCUCUCCAACCUCAUCUGUUGCCGCAAUGGAUGGGCGGGCCUCGUUCCACGCCAAGUUAUUGAUUUUGGACAGCCUCUGGGAGCUUCAACUCUUCGUAAGGCUUUUGCCAUGGUUAUCUUGGCUCGGAAAGAAGGCCUUGUUUUGAAACCAGAUGAGCCAUAUUUCGACUUUGCAGACCAGAGACGAAAUUUUUCGAGCUGCUGCAUCAAGCUCAAGAAGGAAUACAUUGGCAAUUUUGGAGAUGUUGGCGACUUUUCGGUUGUUGGUGCCAGAUAUGACCUAACAAAAGCGUUGAGUUACCGAAUUCCAGGGCUCAAAUGGACUCAUUUUUAUAUUGGCUGUCUGGACAACAGACAAGCAGUCAAAAGCUGGGGCGCUAAGCCAGAAUUCACGAUUGUCAAUAUUGUAGAGCUGAACGAGACUAUCCUGAGAGAAGUUGUCACUUAUUCAAACCCGGAGCCCGUUUCUCCCGACGACAAUGGGGUACUGACUCUCAAACUGGCUCCCGGAGUUGAACAAGGGUCACCGCCGGCGUUCAUAUUCACUAGGCCAUUGGUCUUUGAUUUGAAAUGCUUUAGUUUUGACCGAGUGGGAAAUACUGGCUUCUGGAGUCUCAGAUUUCCUUCGGUGACAAAGGUUCACUUUGACCGGGACUUCACUGACACCAUGUCUUUCGAGCAGUUGCAGGCGCUGGCAAAGGAGGCUACGACUGCCGGCAAAUUAGAAGAUAGCCAGGAGAAUCUACAGUGGAUUGCAAAACUCGAAGCAGCUGACCCUCGUGGUAUUGCUGUUGACGCUGUGAGCCAGUUGACAGUGACUACUAUGCCAACGCCGUCGCCUCGCAAAUCAACACAAAAUACCACCUCUACACGGUCUCCAACAUCGCCUUUUGCUACAAAAUCACCGAUUGAAGUCAGCCCUUGCCGCGGCCGCCGUGAAAGAGUUCACGGGGCCCCAUCUUUGAAUUUGCCUUCCAUGACAGCUACAUCAUCUUUGCGAGCUGACCCAUCGUCACGCACGGAAUUGUGCGCCAAACACAAACGUGGCCUACCCUUCACUGGACCAACUUCGCAGCACAAACGUUUGAAGAUUAGCAGUGAAGCAUCGAUAAGCCAAGAAGACUCCCCACACAUUGAUCUUACUUCACAACCACGCGCGCCUCUCGCCGCCCGGGACAACAACCCGCGACCUCAGCGCGCAAUGUCUUCUUGCGCACCAUGUUGUCCUACCUCUCCGGGUGAGAGCUUCUUUAAUGAAUCCAGCAACCCCGAUGGGGUUAACGCUGAAGUCGUACAGUUCACCAUCGACCCAGGCACUGGCGAGCUUCAGACAGAGGCCAAACCUGAGCGCCUGAAAUCGUCAAUAGCUAAAAUAACAACAACAUCAAAAGGACAAUGCGUGUAUGCUGGCGAAGACUGCAUGCUUGCAAAUGCAGUUGUACUUGUUUCGCCAGGCCUUCUCACCAGAAAAGAAGAAGCAAAAAAGCUUCUCGCUCAGCAUGGUGCUGACAACCCUGUCACUGACAUCGACACCUGGCUCAAAGCCGAGCAGGAGGCCAGACAGAACGGGAAAAUCACUACACCUUCAAAGGCCUAUGUUGUGUGCGAUAGCGACAACAAACUUGUGUUCAAGCACCUAGCGGAAAAGUUCAAGGAGCUUCGCAAGGACAAUCUUUUUAACAAAGGCACGCACAUCGAAAUUCACGACUGGCGCUUUUUGUCCUAUCUCACGACACAAGAAGACGAGUCUAUCCAAGAGAAAUACUUUCAUGGGUUCUCUGACUGGCGCAUGCGUUGGAAGCUUCACACUAUCUAG